CACUUCGGAAAGACGCCGUUGCCAAGUUUAGUUCGUCAGCUAGUCCGAGUAGGUGUGUUUCUUGCAAAAAUCGAAGUAUUAAUUGAUAAUUAAUUUGUAAAACCCACCAUAAACACGCGAAAAGUCUGUGUUUUUAAUUACGUGUAAUAAUAAAGCGUGAUAAUUUGAUAAAUUUAAUGGACGAUCUUCGUACUAAAUUGAAGAUAGAUAACGGGAAUGUAACACUGACGCAUGCCCAGUUUGAACAACAUCACAGUGAUAGCGGCGUCGUGAGUAUUUUGACGUGUGAAGUGUGUAGUGUGUUUAAUAUAUUCCUGUAAAAUGACAGUGAGUUGUUUUGCAAAGUGAUAUUUACGUACAAAUAACAAAUAAAGAUCUGGCUGUAAGUGCUCUACAGCCAGAAGGCAAUGUGCGCUGAAGUAUCGUUAACAAUGUAAAAAGUUGAAUAUGCUCGAAAUAUAAAUGUGUAACAAGAAAUGAUAAAAUUCGAAAGUCGCUGCAUUCUGUUUACGGUCUUUUGAGUUGGUUUAUGCAAAAGAAAUGUACGCGAAAGGAAAGGGGUCGUCUGUACCGUCCGACGCACAAGCGCGAGAAAAGCUUGCACUGUAUGUUUACGAAUAUCUUCUUCACAUUGGAGCACAAAAAGCCGCACAAACCUUUUUGUCGGAGAUAAGGUGGGAGAAAAAUAUAACGUUAGGUGAACCACCUGGAUUUUUACAUUCAUGGUGGUGCGUAUUUUGGGACCUGUAUUGUGCUGCCCCAGAAAGACGAGACACGUGCGAACAUUCGUCAGAAGCAAAAGCUUUCCACGAUUAUGUGAGUAGCCAUGCAUUUACAAUCUCUUUGUGGAUCAAUACUAUUAAAAAGGACCGUGGCAACGUUGCCUUAAUACGCGUUUUACCAGGUGCAAUGGCCCAGCUCAGUAUUGCUGGAUACAAAUUUAUGCAAUGUUGCCAAAAAUACUUCAGAUUUUCACAAAAAAGCAAUCCGAAUACUUUAAAAUAUUUUGAAACUACUAUUGUUUACUUUUUAUAAAAGUUGUAGAUAUCUAUUAGAGUCAGUGCUAAAUGUGGCCUUUGUUUUUGAUUCUAAUUAAAUUCUAAUUUAAUUUACAAAACAAAAAAAAAAAAGAUUACCACU